UCCUUUGCUAGUAAGCUUUUACAAAUGUUUUUGCAGCCGUACCAUUUCUGAAGUAAACAAUUUUAUUUGUUAGGAUACAAGUGUAUAUUUCACAUCUCAGUGACUUGGCAGUUAGUAGUUGUUGGCAGGUUACUGCAGUGUCUCUGAAAUACUGAUGUUACACAGAUAUUCUUGUGACCUUGUAUGCUUGACUGGAGAAAAUUCCCUGAAGCUUAGAGACAGGUUAGGGCAAGUCAGGAAUAUUUGAAUGGCACUUCUCUACAGAUCUCUGAAAAAAUCCUUGUUGAACUAGAGAAGUGGUGUCAGUGAGGAAACGCUUUGUUUUCAGCUGCAGAGUAGUUAGAGGUAUGAGCACGUGCUUCAGCAGUGGGUAUAAAAGUGGGUAGUUAAGAGUCAAGCUCCGUGUACCUGUAGAUGUGAAACAUACAUACCCAGGGACAGCUCUGGCAUAGGCAUCCAAUAUGUACUACGCACGUCAGCUUUGGGCUUCUGGAAAUAAGAACUGCAUGCAACAUGUGGACUUGUUACUACUUCUCUUGAAAUUACUGGUUUUCUUUUGCUUUGGCAUUAUAAAAACAGUGCUUGGUUUUGUGAAUAAGUGGAUAGGGAAGGCAGUAAGCUUUUUAUGAAGAACAUUUCUGUGUACGGGUUGUCUUUGUACUUAACAUACAUAAAGAACAGCAGAAAAGAAUGAUACAAUGUUCUGAGUAGCAGUGGUAACAUAGCCUUGUAACUUUGUCUCCAAAAGCAGCAAUACUUUUAGUUUCUUGCAUUUACUUGGUGUUAAUUGGCAGCAAAGUGCAAAGGAAACCCUGUCAGGACAGCCCUGACUCACUCUUAUUCUGAUGCUGUAUUAUCUGACAAGGCAGAAAUUGCAACCUGGAAAACUCUGGGGAGGUGGAAGAAUGAGAAGCACUCCAUUCUGGGGAUAGCUUGUUGCUGUGGGAAUACUGGGCAUUCUGCAGUAUGGGGCUUUUUAUUUUUUAUUCUGAAGAUAUCUUCUGAGCCUUCCUCUGUGUAAAGAGAUCUGUGAUUGGAUUCACUUUAAAGAUUCAUUUUGUGGAACCAGUAUUUGGAAAGGAAGAAAGUAAUAAAGAAAUGUCUACCAAUUUAAAAUACCUUUCCCUGGGCAUCCUGGUUUUUCAGACCACAAGUUUGGUGUUGACAAUGCGUUACUCUCGGACACUGAAAGAAGAAGGACCUCGUUACUUGUCCUCUACUGCAGUAGUUCUUGCUGAACUUCUGAAGAUUCUGUCCUGUGUUCUACUGGUCUACAAAGACAGCAAGUGCAAUUUACGGACCCUGAACAGAGUGCUGCAUGAUGAAAUUCUUAAUAAGCCCAUGGAAACUCUUAAACUUGCCAUUCCUUCAGGAAUUUACACUCUUCAGAAUAACUUGCUCUAUGUAGCAUUGUCAAACCUAGAUGCAGCCACAUAUCAGGUUACAUAUCAACUGAAAAUUCUUACCACGGCACUAUUUUCCGUGUCCAUGUUAAGCAAGAAAUUGGGUAUAUACCAGUGGCUGUCGUUGGUAAUUUUAAUGACAGGAGUGGCAUUUGUGCAGUGGCCUUCAGACUCUCAAGCAACAGCUGCUAAGGAGCAUUCAGCAGGAUCUCAGUUUGUAGGCCUGAUGGCAGUUCUUAUAGCUUGCUUUUCUAGUGGAUUUGCAGGCGUUUAUUUUGAGAAAAUUUUAAAGGAAACUAAGCAGUCUGUGUGGAUAAGAAACAUUCAGCUUGGAUUCUUUGGCAGCAUUUUUGGUCUGAUGGGUGUAUAUAUAUAUGAUGGAGAGCAGCUGUCCAAAAAUGGAUUUUUUCAAGGAUAUAAUAAACUUACUUGGAUAGUUGUUAUUCUACAGGCACUUGGAGGCCUGGUGAUUGCUGCUGUUAUAAAGUAUGCAGACAACAUUUUAAAGGGAUUUGCAACUUCUCUUUCUAUUAUACUUUCAACGUUGAUCUCCUAUUUCUGGCUUCAGGAUUUUGUCCCCACGAGUGUCUUUUUCUUCGGAGCCAUCCUUGUAAUAGCAGCUACUUUCCUAUAUGGUUAUGAUCCCAAACCUGCAGGAAAUCCCAUUAAGGCAUAGCUGACUACUUCAACCUGCUUCUCAAGAUCAUACACUGGGGGCCUUGCUAAAAAUGGCAUGUGGAAGGUGCCAUUGUGCACUGCAAGGGAAGGAUGACUACCCUGAAUUGAGUGAAGAAAUUUUUAUGAGUAGUUUUGAACAGCCAAACGGGUUAAAGAUGGAUGAUGAUUCUGACUGGGACUGGUGGAAAAAAUGACAGGGGAAAGCCCAGUGCAACUUGCUAAUAAAGACUUGAAGUGAACAAAAAGUUUCCAAGAAACUGCAAUUGGGAAUGUUUACAGCUUUGACCUGGGAUUGCAUCAAAAGAAUUUACUGUAUUGACUGCUGCACUCUGUCCUAUGCACUCUUUGAAAGAGCACACGACAACAUUGUCAGAUUGUAUGUUUUUGCAAUUUGACUAUAUUUAAUGUUAGUACAUGUUUUUAACUGUUUGUCUAUUUACAUGAAGUCGACUGAAUGCACAUCAUAGUUCUAAAGUGAUGGUUCUAAUUAGGUAUUCCUUAUUAAAACUAUGAAAAUUGAAGUAUGACUGAAAGACAUUUUCACAAUAACAAAUAUUUUUAUAUUUUAGAAGGCUGAUUUAAUAACAGAGAUCUGUGUUCUGUUGCGUAUAUAAAGCUGUUGUAAGAAUGUUAACAUUCUCACCAGUACACAAAGGGAGAAACUGAGAAUGAAAGCUGGAAAUCUGUGUAGAUACUCCAGCCAUCGUGAGGAUAACCUGUAGUGUUCCAGCAGAUGCAAUAACUCUGUGAGCACAGGACACAGUUUGCUGCAGUAAUCUGGCACUAUGAGGUGGGUUAUAAUGGAGUGCUUGCUGAGAUGUUAUGUUCACUGUUUUUUAUUUUUAUUGAUCAUAAAUCAACUUAUUGGUAGAACUUCUAAAGUAGAGUGUAGUGGGGUUUUUCGCUUUUUUUGUUUGUUUCUUUUUUUUUCUUUUUGCUUUAAAUAUCCCCUGAGGAUGUUUCUUUACCUGCAAUUAAAGAAAAAAAAAAAAAGCCCAUAAUAAAUAUUUUAAAUGCAUUGUUGUUGUCUGUUGCAGCUCCAGAUUGAGCUAUUGUGGUGUAUUAUCUCUGUACUGUACUGUAUUUUUUGAGAGGCUUUUUUUUUUUUUUUUUUUUAGCAAUUGUUUUUUACUUAUGAA